UCGAGCGCCUCUGCAUGACGGUUAUCCUGCUGAACUGCGUGACAUUGGGCAUGUACCGGCCGUGCGCAGACGAAGUGUGCGAGUCGAGCCGCUGCCGAAUCCUGCAACAUACGGAUGACCUCAUCUUCGGCUUCUUUGCUUUCGAGAUGCUGGUCAAGAUCACGGCCAUGGGAGCCUUCGGCAGGAACGCCUACCUCGCAGAAACUUGGAACAGGCUGGACUUCUUCAUCGUCAUCGCAGGGUCGUUGGAAUAUUGUCUAGACGUGGGCAACAUUAACCUCUCCGCUAUCAGAACAGUUCGCGUGCUGCGACCGCUUAGGGCUAUCAACCGGAUACCAAGCAUGCGCAUCCUAGUCAUGUUGCUCCUGGACACGCUUCCGAUGCUGGGCAACGUGUUGCUGCUCUGCUUCUUCGUCUUCUUCAUUUUCGGCAUCGUCGGGGUGCAGCUAUGGGCGGGCAUCCUCCGACAACGUUGCUACAUAGAGCUCCCGCCCAACACUUCGCUACCAGGGUAUAUUUCACCCAUUUACUACGAAAGGGUCAAAGUUCUGAACCCAAUAUCCACUUACUACCAGAGUCCUGAGGCGGACAAGGACUAUAUCUGCAGUCUGGACAAGGACAACGGCGUCCAUCGCUGCAAUAACCUGCCUUCGUCUCGUUUCGGAGGCCGCCCCUGCAAUGGGACGGCGCUGCCCUUCAGUGACAACAGCCCCUCGGAAGGGUCCUGCAUCAACUGGAAUCGCUACUAUACUAACUGCAGGGCAGGGGACAGGAAUCCCUUCCAGGGGGCUAUCUCCUUCGAUAACAUCGGGCUAGCGUGGGUGGCUAUCUUCUUGGUGAUAAGCCUGGAGGGUUGGACGGACAUCAUGUAUUACGUUCAAGACGCUCAUUCAUUUUGGGAUUUUAUUUAUUUCAUAGUUCUGAUUGUGGUCGGUUCCUUCUUCAUGAUCAACCUGUGCCUCGUAGUCAUUGCUACUCAGUUCUCGGAGACCAAGAAACGAGAAAUGGAGCGCAUGCGCAUCGAAAGAGCCCGUUUCAACUCUACCAGUACUUUGGCCAGCACUAAUGCUUCUCAGUCCAGCGGGUGCUACACACAACUUUUCAAGUAUGUCGCCCACCUCUUCAGACGUGGACACCGGAAGUUCCUCAGAUUUUGUAGAAAGCGUAGACGGAAAAAUACGCCUGAGCCUCCUCUGCCCAUCACCUUGCGCAGGCGCUCUUCCAAGCGAUGGCAGCCAGGCCAGAGUUCGCUCAAGAAUAAUGGACAGUCAGAAUCCACUUGUUCGGCUGGGGAAGUCGCGAAAACACCCCAGGCCCCCUUUGCCAGCCCCGAAAUAUCGGAUAUUGAUCUGGUGUCUUCCCCCAGGGAUAAUAACGGCCUGUCUGUGGAUAGGCCUGUAGACAGGCAGACAGAGCCGAAACUCCAAGGAGGCAAUAGACCAGAGUAUAUUUGUCGUUCAAUUUCCAAGGAUGCGGCCACUCAACGUAAGCAGUCAACACCGAGUAGCCGAACCUCUCAGCUGACAUGCGCAGAAUUGCUCGCCAUAGGCGCUACUCAAAGCGCCGUAUUGGCGGGAUUCAACAAUACAUUCGCCAUGCAGCGAUUCCAUUCCGCAAUAGAAGGAGCUGGAGAGAAGCAUUUCUCGGCUCCUCAACUCCUCUUCUAUUCCCCCGACACGGCUGAUUCCCGGUUGCAUACCGCCGAAGAUUACUGGUCCGAGCCCGAGUCCGAGCCUGGAUCGACGGGACCUUUCUGCCGGUGGUGGGGUCAGCAGCAGAGCAAAGUCAAGUCUUUCACGGAUCAUCGAUACUUCCAGAGGGGCAUCCUCACCGCCAUCCUCGUCAACACGCUCAGCAUGGGCAUCGAGUAUCACAAUCAGCCUGACGAAUUGACAUUGGCGGUGGAAAUCAGCAACGUCAUCUUCACGGCUAUCUUCUUCCUAGAAAUGAUACUCAAAAUGUUUGCAGAAGGCUUCUGCAAUUACAUUAGUAGUGGUUUUAACGUUUUCGACAGCGUCAUCGUGGUUCUCAGCUUGGUGGAGUUGUUCCAGAGCAGCGGCGGCAGCGGCCUCUCCGUGCUGCGCACCUUUCGACUGCUGCGAAUUCUGAAGCUGGUGCGCUUCCUCCCCGCGCUCCGUAGGCAGCUCAUCAUAAUGCUCAGGACCGUCGACAAUGUCGCAGUUUUUUUCGCUCUUCUCAUCCUCUUCAUAUUCAUCUUCAGUAUCCUUGGCAUGAACUUGUUUGGCUGCAAGUUCUGCAAGAAACUUCCAGACGGCACAACGCAGUGCGAUCGGAAGAACUUCGAUACCCUGCUGUGGGCCAUUGUUACGGUCUUCCAGAUUCUGACACAAGAGGAUUGGAAUGUCGUUCUAUUCAAUGGAAUGGAGAAGACCUCCCACUGGGCAGCUCUUUAUUUCGUCGCUCUCAUGACAUUCGGGAAUUACGUACUCUUCAACCUCCUCGUGGCUAUCCUGGUGGAAGGGUUUUCAGCAGAGGAUGAUAAACGGGAUUCGGCUAGCAGCUGCUCGUUAUGUGAGAAGCAAGAAUUGGCCGAAAAAUGGGACGAUCCCAAGGAUAACAUAGAAAAAGAGAUCAAGAUGAAAGCGUAUCCUUACGUACUGACAGUGCUAAAGGAGCACUGCAAUGGGAAUGGAAAUGGUGCCACCACUAAUCUAUGCUUCCCUCCUGUAAUCACCCACACUGCAGCCACACCUCAAGGAUCCCCCAAUGCCACCUUGGCCCUACAGAGGGAAAAGGCUCUCAAUGUCACUCCGGUUGCCCUAUCGCCCGAGGUGAAUGGCGUGUACCCUGUAUUCCAAGUGGCAUCACUCAACAUCCCUUCCAUUCAUUUAUCGGCUGGAGGCAGCCCACAGAACAGCCGUCGCAGCAGCGUCAUCGUUGCCCUCUCUAGACAGUCCUCCAUCAUCUCCAACAUUAGCAGGAAGAAUUCCCUCGGCCCGUGUUUCCGGGCGAAGGGUGGCUGGCGGAAAAAGAAGAGCGACAAUGAGAGCUCCGAGAACGGAUCCGGCUCGGAAGACGUCGUCCUCAACAACAUGAGUCCCAGCCCCGUUGGUGAACACAGCCACUGCAAUGGCAGCAUCCCAACUUUGCAGAACACCCCCAACAACAAGCGUCCCAGCCCAAAAAUGCUCAGCCCUCAGAACUCUGUGAAGAGCGUCUCCCUGUCGCAAUAUCGAGGUGAAGGGGGAGACAGACACAUGUCCUUAAAUAGCAGCACUUCUGGCAUUUCCUUCAAAGAAGACUUCAAACCCAACAAUCUGGAAGAAGAAAAGAAAGAAGAACGAGUCCCCACUGACCACGAGCUACCCAGCAAGUUGUGCUGGUUUUUUGAGCCAAAAGGUUGGAUUAAAGACAGAGAAGAUUAUUCCCUUUUCCUGUUCUCCAAAUCGCAUUGCUUGCGGCGCCUGUGCUGUCGAAUUGCUGAGAACAAAUGGUUCGACUACUCCAUCCUCAUUUUCAUCGCCUCCAACUGCGUGACACUCGCCAUGGAACGACCUACCAUCCCCCCAGAUAGUUAUGAGAGAAAAUUUCUGACUGGCACAAAUUACAUCUUCAUCGCUGUCUUUACGUUCGAGAUGGUUGUCAAGGUGAUAGCAAAGGGCCUAUGGUAUGGGCAGAACGCAUACUUCAAAAGCGGAUGGAACAUCAUGGACGGAUUUGUGGUGGGCAUCUCCCUCGUAGAUGUACUCCUCUCUUUCGUCGCUGACAGCAGCCCUAAAAUUUUCGGCAUCCUCCGGGUAUUCAGGCUCCUCAGAUCUCUCAGACCUCUCAGGGUUAUCAAUAGAGCUCCUGGAUUAAAAUUGGUUGUUCAGACUUUGUUAUCAUCAUUGAGACCUAUCGGGAAUAUCGUUCUCAUCUGCUGUACUUUCUUCAUCAUCUUUGGUAUACUUGGUGUGCAGCUCUUCAAAGGAAGUAUGUACUAUUGUGAAGGUCCCACGGCUUCCAAAGUGCGGAACAAGUUCGAAUGCCUACAAGAUCCCAGGAAUGUGUGGCAGAACAGGAAAUACAAUUUUGACAACCUCGGGAAGGCUCUCAUGUCGCUGUUUGUAUUGUCUUCCAAAGACGGUUGGGUUAACAUCAUGUAUACAGGACUAGAUGCCGUGGGUGUUGAUCAACAGCCCAUUGAGAAUUAUAACGAGUGGAGGCUACUGUAUUUCAUCUCAUUCUUACUACUGGUGGCUUUCUUUGUGCUCAACAUGUUCGUAGGAGUGGUGGUUGAGAACUUCCAUCGAUGCAGAGAGCAACAAGAGAGAGAGGAAAAAGCGCGCAGGGCCGCCAAAAGGGCCAAGAAAAUGGACAAGAAGCGAAGAAAGAUGAGGGAGCCACCUUAUUACAUCAAUUACUCAAAGCCUCGUCUUUUCAUCCACAACAUCAUCACUAGCAAGUACUUUGACCUGGUCAUUGCCGCCGUCAUUGGCCUGAAUGUCGUUACCAUGGCUAUGGAAUUCUAUAUGAUGCCCAAAAAUCUAGAGUAUGCUUUGAAAGUAUUCAACUACUUCUUCACUGCUGUAUUCAUCAUCGAAGCCUGUAUGAAAGUGGUUGCUCUGGGUUUUCUCAAAUAUCUGAAGAACAGGUGGAACCAACUAGAUAUUGUAAUUGUGGGACUAUCCAUCGCAGGCAUCGUGUUGGAGAAGAUGGAAUCCGAUCUGAUUCCCAUCAAUCCAACCAUCAUCCGAGUUUUCAGAGUACUGAGGAUUGCAAGAGUGUUGAAGCUUCUGAAGAUGGCCAAGGGCAUCCGUGCCCUCCUCGACACUGUGAUGCAAGCCCUGCCUCAGGUCGGCAACUUGGGGCUGCUGUUUUUCUUGCUCUUCUUCAUCUUCGCAGCCCUGGGGGUUGAGCUUUUCGGAAGACUAGAGUGCACUGAGGACCUCCCUUGUGAAGGUCUAGGAGAACACGCCCAUUUCAAGGAUUUUGGAAUGGCCUUCCUCACCCUGUUUCGAGUGGCAACGGGGGACAACUGGAAUGGCAUUAUGAAGGACACCCUACGGGACAACUGUGAUUAUUCGAGUGAUUGCAUCCGCAACUGCUGUGUUUCACCCCUCAUCGCACCCCUCUACUUCGUCGUGUUCGUGCUCAUGGCCCAGUUUGUGCUCGUCAAUGUGGUAGUGGCCGUACUCAUGAAGCAUUUGGAAGAGUCCCACAAACAAAUGGACGAUGAUAUCGAGAUGGAUGCAGAACUCGAGAGAGAGUUUGCGGAUGAGAGGAGGAGGGCUGAGGCACCCCCGGAGGUUGAGGAUUCGAAGGUGAAGAGUGUCGUCCGCUCCAAGAGCUUGCCGCACAAGCCCUUGGUCAAGAUGGCUUCCCUACCGCCCAACUUCGUUUUUCCCUUCAACAGUGUGGAGGAAAGAAGUAAGAAAUCCUACCGAAAAGAACAUUCUAAAAACAGUUUCCGUAGAGGGUCUUUGAACUUCCAAAUUUAUCGGAACACCACCGAUUGUGUAUUCAAUCGCUUCUCACUUGACUCGUCUGGUCCUCCUACUGACCUGUCACCCAGCCCUAACAUCAACAUCCGGCAAGCAUCUCCUGACGAAACAGAUAGCAAGGUGUCCGUAGCCAACUUGAGUCCAGUGCCUCCCAGGUCCUCGUUUGGCUCCAAUCUCAAUGUCCCUGAACUCCGGAAGGACCAGCCCCGAGAGAAUUGGGUGUGCGUGCUUUCUUCGUUCGAAAACGAGUCUGGCAGAGGGCAAAUAUUAUCGAGUGACUCCGAAAGAGCAGAUGAUAAGGCAGAAACACCUGCUGAUUCUACUUUUGUGUCCCGCAUUCGAAGAAGACUGAGUGCUCUGGAAACUGGCUCCCCCAUAAGUUCUGAUAGACCCACCGAUCACAGCAUUGCCACGGACUCAACCUCCUUGGAAUGCUAGCGAUGGGUGCUUUUGUCUUGUAUCUUUUCUGAGGAGGCUGGAAUCCUCUUCUGUCCCACCGACCACAACUCAUCUGUUCGUGGCAGAUACUCGAAUCGUGUGUGCUGGCACUGCAUCAUUCAGUAUGGAUAUGAUUGACUUUGCUGUCAUCAGCUUUGAUUUGAAUAAUUGUUUCACUGGCGCUUGAUAUCUCUUUGUGGUAUCUGUUGUGUGGUACUCGUCGGCGUUUUAAACUGCUGAAACUGAGAAUUUUUAUGGUCUUGAUUUCUUGAAAAGUGGAUGGCAACUUGUGCAUAAAUUCUUCCGAAUAUAUAUUGGUGCUUUACAUGAAAUGAUUAUUCUAAUAGAUCUGUUUCUCUUUUUUGCUGAAAAUGUCCUGUUGCAAUUUCUCUAAAUAUAUUCUAUCUGAGAAUGUUUAAAACUUGAUGAGAAUUUUAUAUAGCUUCAGUGCCUGGUCGAACAAACGCAUGAGCAAUUCUAGUAUUUUAAUGAAAUUGUGAUUGAGUUGAAAAUGAUUUUUUGGCAUGCAAAUAAAGUUCUAACGACGAAAUACAAAUCUGGGAUUUAAAGUUUGUGAAAGCUUAAGUGCGAUGCUGAUUUUUCUACGUCCCCCGAUACAAAAAAGUGAAAUAUGUGGAAGGAACUUGUUAGCAACUUUUUUUAGUUCUACCAGUUCAUCAUCGUUUUCUUUAGCAAAUGUUCUUACAGCUUCGUUUGUUUAAGAAUUAUAUUUUGAAUGAAAAUGGAAGUAGUAGGUAAAAAUUUAUUUUAAGAGGGUCUAUGUAAUAACUACCUGAGAUAGAAGAAUAAAAUCAUAUAGUUCAGUUUAUAAAUAUUUUUGAAAAAUAGAAAAAUGUAAUCAAAUAAAAUAAUUUACUAGAAGUGAAUAUCGAAUAGCUCAGUUUGCAAACUUCUCUAAAAUGUAAAACGAAGCACAAAUUCGUAAAACAUUUUAGAAACAGAUCAAAUAGCUAAUGAUGAUUUUUUUUAUUUACCUUUUACUACAAGUAUUUCUUUAAGUCAUAUCAAACUACCGUUUUUAGAUUUGUCAUUCCAUUUUAAUAUUUCACAUUAACCAACUUUUGUCUGCUGUGUUGCAAGAACAAGACAAAAUUUCGUUUAUGUACCUAGUUUGUAUUCUGUUAGUUCCUCAGCAUUCAUAUAAUGUCCAUACUAGGUAUAAUUUGGAAUCUAUGAAAUAUAAUAUGGUCAAAAAUGACGAAAUAGAAUAGAUCCGCUUGCAUAAGAAAGUGCCUGUGAGAAGUAACAAUUAAAUAUUGUUGGUGUGGUGUUGAAGAUGUACUAAGUGAAAUCUGUGCUGUUCUGUUUAUAGCUGGACUCUAUUCCUUUAAAAAGAAUUUUAAUAUUACUUUCUGUAAACUUUUUGUGCUAUAUAUUAGACGAGGCACUUCAAAAGAAGUGAUUGUUUGUAACUUUCAUAUUACUUUUUAGCACAUCUGAUGCUGAACAGGCCUCUGAACAUUAGGGAGGAAUGCAUUGCUUAUAUAACCAAGAAAAAUGUCGUUGCCAAAAAUAAACAGUGUUACUUUUUUUUUAAUUUCAAAAGGCUUCGAACUUAGCUGGCCUUGGAGCUUUUACUUAUUUGGAUGAAGCAAGCAAAAAGAAUUUUCCGAGUGUAGAAGACAUUUUUAUUUUGUUACUUCCAUUUGUAAGAAUUCAUCGCCGACAAAGAAGUUCCCAUUUCUACGAUUUAAGCCUCAAGAAAAAGAAUAUUUGAAGAAGUAUUUUGAAAUGCUCUUGCUUUAGAAAGUUAACGUGCAUUUUUACAUAUAACAAAGCUUUCAUUGAAAAGACAUCAUUUCACUAGUAAU